GAGAAUGAGAGAGCGUGAGGAAGAGUAAGGAGGGGGAGAGGAGGGACAGAGAGCCGGAUAAAAUGUUAUAUACAGAAGAGAAAGCAUCACAUGCACAAAUCUCUCUUCCCUUUCAACCUUCCAGGCAUCAGCGCAAACAACGGGACUGAUUAUUGGAAACCACUAAAGGGUCUUCUCUGGGACUAAGAACUAAUACCAUUAAGGGCAUUGUACUCCCUUCUGAGAGAAGUUCCUUCUCUCCAACUGGAACCCAAAAGUCUCUGGAUACAGAUGUUGGAUUCACCCCCAGGGAAAGUCAGCGGCCAGGAGCAGAUGCCCAACCACCUGUCUUGUCCCAUGUCCCAUCCUGGCUGAGCUGGAUUCAAAGCACGUAACUCAUAGAAAUGUACCUGUCACUGCUCAUUUGCAGCUUGUUCUAAACGAUGAUUCUCAAGGAUGCAUAUGGUGACAGAAAAUAGAGAGCAAUGCUGCAAUCACUGCAAGUGCCAUGUUGCCUUGAGUCUAGGGUUAAUUGAAACAGAUGUGGAGGACUAUACUUAACUCCUUGGGAUCUACAGCUGGACAUAAAUGGGAGAUCUGCCCCUGGUUCCUCUCUACUGAAAGACAAUGCCGGUUUCCAUCAUGGCCUCUGGUAGCGUCAUGUCCCUAUACUGGGAAAUCUUUGCUCCAAUGCCCACUUGCCGUGUCUACUGUACUCCAGCCUACCAAGAUGGACAUCUUUAUGUCAUGGGAGGCUGCAGCAAGUCAGGACUUCCCUUGGACGCAGUGGAAAUGUUGGAUGUGGUCUCACAAACAUGGACUGUGCUGCCACCACUGCCCACUGCCCGGGCAGGAGCUGCUGCCGUUACUCUUGGAAAGCAGGUCUUGGUAAUUGGUGGUAUGAACUCGGAGCAGUGCCCCUUGGCAACAGUAGAAAUUUACAACAGCGAUGAAGGCAAAUGGGAAAAGAAAGACUCACUCUGCCAACCAGCCAUGGGAAUCAGUGCAAUAGAGAAUGAAGGGAAGAUUUAUGCACUCGGAGGAAUGGCUGCCGACACAUCCCCUCAGGCUUUGGUUAGAGUCUAUGAGCCAGCAAAAGACAUAUGGCUGCAACUCCCCUCGAUGCCUACGCCACGCUAUGGAGCUUCUACCUUCUUGCGUGGGAACAAAAUCUAUGUCUUGGGAGGACGUCAGGGAAAGCUUCCUGUAACAGCAUUUGAAGCCUUGGACCUGGAGAUGAAGAGCUGGACUCGAUAUCCCAGCAUCCCAAGCCGGCGUGCCUUUGCCAGCUGCACUAUGACUGACAACUGUUUUUUCAGCCUCGGUGGCCUGCAACAGCCUGGACCCCAUAAUUUUUACUCCCGACCUCAUUUUGUCAACACAGUAGAGAUAUUCGACUCGGAGCAGAGUAUCUGGAGUAAGCCCGGUCGCUCAAUGAGAAUGAGAGAAAAAAGAGCCGACUUUGUAAGCGGUUACUUGGGUGGACGAGUGGUGGCAGCCGGAGGACUAGGAAACCAGCCAUCUCCUUUGAGUUCAGUUGAAGGCUACAACCCAGUGAAAAAACGAUGGGAGACUUUGCCAUCCAUGCCAACAGGCCGCUGUUCAUGUUCAAGUCUUCAGUCAAACAAUAUGAUUUUUGUGAUUGGAGGUGUGGCACAGGGUCCCAGCAGUGCAGUAGAAGCUCUAUGUGUUUUAGAAGAUGUCUGAAGGACUUUUCACCUAAUAUGAAGUGACAAAAAGUGGCCCUGGCUGUAAGAUAAGUGCCUGAGCAUCUCUUGUUAAGCAGAGGGCCGGCCAAUAGGCUAGAGAAAGUCAAAACCUACAACUCAACAGAUCAUUGGGUGCACACAGUUGUUGGGUGCACACAGUUGUUUAAGAACGCAUUCCAGAAUUUAGAUCAGUUGUUCUAUAAUAGUAGGUGGAAAGAUGCCUUGUGUGGAACAAGGAGGUUUCUCAACAAGUAAUCAACUGGUCAAGGACGAUAUUAUGUCUGUACAAUUUGUACUUGGCUUCAUAUAUAGUUUAGCCGACAAUGGUUAAAUCUCAUGGUUUCAUGUGCAGGAAGUGCAUUUGGUAAUGGUGGUGUAGUAUGAAUUCACCACAAAUGUUCUCGCUGUCAUGUGUCUGCUCUUCAAACAGACAAAUCCCUCAAGUCAACAAUUUUUUCUAAAUGUACCAUGUGCUGUAUGGUACUGGGUACCCUCCAAGUCUAGAUACUGAUUUCUUAAGAGCAGUACAUGGAAAUUGCAACUUAGAGCACAUGAUGUAUUACAUGGCAAGAACAUGGCCUUGGGUAAAUUAUAACGAACAUCAUAAUACACUGUGUACUAGCUGUUAGAUCAUUUUGUGCUCACAGUAGUCAUGUCCAAGUUGUGGGCCUCCAGCUGUUGUUAAAACACGUCUCCCAUCAUCCAACUGCCGUUGGUUAAACUGCAACUCCCAGACCAAAGCCCCAAGUGUAUGGAACUCGUAGUUCAUUAGCUAAAUGCAAAAGGUGGCAAUAGUUCAGUUCUUAGUAGUGCCUCAUGCUUAAUCAAAACAGCAGCCAGAGUUUAAAGCUGUAUCUUCCCCUAUCUUUGGAUAAAUCUGAUAUUUGUGGCACUAUAGUACUAUGUCAUUUUUAUGUCACAUACAAUUAAGAUUAGAGUAAAAUGUUGCAACUGUCAUUUUAACACUGCACCUCCCCUCCAUAUGUAAUAAUAUUGUAAUAAGAAUAGCAACCAAUAAGAAGUUUGUUUUUAAGCAGAUGACCAAUA